CCGCCCUGGGGUCGAGUACACAGGUCGAGUACACAGCUAAAAUGUCACCACGAUUGACUUGAGUGACAACGGAGUGAUAUCGUACGAUUGUGCUGAUAAUUCCUCUUAAAAACGCAAUUUCCUUCUAAUCGUAAUCAUUCUUUGGCGCUGGCUGGAUAAAUAUCUUAAAAGGCUGUGAUGAAAAGACAUCUUAAAGGAUUGGAUCAACCGUUUUAACAGCGCAGGCAUCUCAAGGAAAGGCCGGGGACAAGCUCGCUGACGUGUCCUGUGCAGGAAGAGCAACAUUUAGGAGUAGAUCUCAGUAUGACUCAGCCGCACUGAGCCUGUGGCAAUACUCUGGCUAGUCACACACACACACACGUGUAGGAUUAGCGAGCUGUGAUAGUAAGCUACUGUAUGCAGUGUUCCACGCCUACUUGCAAUCUUUUAUGCACGGUGUCCCCCUAGAGAUGCACUGGCUUCACUGUGCUGCUUUAAUAGCUUAGAUACUACGGUGCUGUACAGACAUGUGCACUACUUGAAGGCACUACGGCACGGUUUGGAUGACAGAGAAUUUUCAUUGAGUCGUGGAUACUGUCUGUAAGGAUCAUUUACCCAGAUAUUGCACGCGUCAGUCGACAUGGACGUAGCGAAAUGUGAAGGAAAGUGUUAAGCUUGUGUUCUUGAUAUUUGCAUACAUGUAUGUGUAAACAUGUAUGUAUAAUUCGAGAAGUGAAUUUUGUUUGAAUGCCUAUGAGUGAUUUAUUGAAUUAGAAGGCUGUUUACAUGGAUCAUCAGAAUGUGGUGAGUGUAUGGCCAGCUUAACUCCCUGUUGGAAGUGACCAUGUGAUAUAGCCUGGAGUUGACUUUUGGAGCAUUGUGCAUUGACAGUGAAGUUAUUAUUUAUUGGUGAGUAGUCUCCAUGAUGGGGAGUAACCCAUCCUCAUUGGACCCUCAAGAGGGGGACCGGGGAGGGGGCACCAGUGGUAGCGAGACCACCUCUCCACUUCCACCCCGUGCCGGCCCCUCUGCCUCUCCGCCCGAAUUUCAGCGUCACGGACCGUCGCAUUCUCGUCAACCGUCGCAUCAUCAUCUGCAUCCUCAUGGAGAUGAAACCUUGGAGCUCCCUUCCCAACCCCAGCCCCCGGCCAAACACGAAAAGGAGAAGAAGAAAAAGACCAGCCUUGCCUCGCUUAAGAAGCGCAUUGUUCGCAGGAAGAGGACGGGCAAGUCUCUGGACCACGCCCGAGCCAUGCGGGAGAUGGCGUCUGGAUGGAACCACCCGGAUGUCUACGCACUCGUGGAGGAAUAUGACGCUCUCGCAGCUCUGAAGGAACUAACCAUUCAGACCGACCUGGCUCGCCCUAGUGCUGCCUCCUUGAAGGACGACCUAUUGGAUCUGUAUGACUAUAAAUUCUGCUCUGAUAUUGACUUCAUAUUCCGUGACACCGUUUUCCCCGUUCACAGGGCUGUUUUGUCCUUUCGGUGUCCCUACUUCCGCAAACUCAUGUCCCAGUUUCCCAAGUACGGAGCCAAGGUGCCGGUCAAGCUGCGAUUAAGUGGUGUCAGUGUCAGUACCUUCUCAGCCCUGUUACGUUAUCUGUACUCCGGGGAUUUCAUAGCUCAAGACUCGCGGUUGGACAGCCUGGACACUCUGAUCCAGCUAGGGGAGAAAUUUGGCACCCCGAGCCCUCUCGAGCACGAUCUCAGGCACUUGCUUGAAACGGGAGAAUUCACAGAUGCUGUGCUUGUCUUCUCUUCUGACUUGGAACCGGAGACAUCGGAAGUUCCUACCGAAGCAGCUUCGGCGCAGCCAGCACCGCACAAAACCAGCUCGCUGCGAUGCCACAAAGCAGUCCUGGCUGCGCGCUCCCCGUUCUUCCGCAACCUCCUCCAGAAGAGGCAGCGAUCGGGGGAGGACUCGACCGAGAGAACGUUACAGGCGCCCACCAAAAUCGUCCUGGACGACUCUAUCAUACCAAAGAAGUACGCACAGGUUUUACUGUACGCCAUUUACCAGGACGUGCUGGACUUGUCACUGGUGUUGCCGGAUAGCCCAAGUGUUGGGAGUUUAGGGGAGGCCCAGGCCAUGGCGGCAGGCAAAGCACCCAUGAGUAGAGUGGAGAUGGCCAUGGAACUCUACCAAAUAGCAAGGUUCCUGGACUUAGGAUCUAUGGCACAAGCUUGUGAAGACACACUUGCCAAUGCCAUCAGCACAGAGAACCUGUCCUCCAUUCUCAACUGGAGCGCGGAGCCCCACGGUUCCCGCUGGGUGCACCGGCAGGCCAUGCACUACCUCAGGGAAGAGUUCUCCACAAUCAGCGGCUCCGUGGUGCUCUUCGAACUCAGCAAGGCGUUGCUCAAGAAGGCCAUCAAGUCAGAUUUCUUGCAGGCCAGUGAAGCUGAAGUUCUGAAGGCUGUUGUGAAGUGGGGAGAGCACCAACUCAUUAGAAGGAUGGAGGACAGAGAGCCCAACCUGGUGAGUAACACCCAGCACAGCGUCAGUCGCAAGGGCAUCAAACGGCGGGACAUGGACAACAAGGAGUUACGGGAGAUCAUCAGCGACCUGCUGCCGUUGGUCCGACUGGACCACAUCAUCCCCCGCAGUCACGAGACGCUGACCAGCGCCAUCAAGCGGGGGCUGAUCCCGACCCCGCCCUCUCACAUGCUGCCUGGGGAUGAGCUGACGCCCCAGCACAACCUGUGGAUCGCUGGCAAGCGACGGCGCAACAACCCCCGGCCCAGGCUCUUCACGCCUUACGUGGAGGAGGCAAAGAGUAUCCUGGAUGAGCAGAUGGUCUCAGACAUUGACUCGGUUCGUCUUCGUCGCAUCCGCAUGUCGUAUGUCCCAGACGCCCUCUAUAUGCUAGAAGACAGGGGCGAGUGCUCAUCAGAGAGCAACGCGAGUCGGUUACAGUCAUGUCCGCCCGCGGGUGUCACGAGUGCAUUCCCAACUCUGGAUGAAGCCACAGUGAAAGCCAUGCUGGCCCGCGAGAAGGACCUGCACCGCUGCAGCACAGCACAGCGGGCCUACAGCCUGCGCUGCGUGGACAGCGCGGCCCUAGCCCGGCAGAUCCACAUGCGCAUCGUACGGGAGUACGGUCUGCCAGACGAGGCCACCGAGAUCUUUGCCAGCUACCCCCGGGAGUACAGCGAGCAAGCCGAAGUGGAAACCGACACGGAGGUGUUCGGCAGGAAGUGGAACGAGCCACCGGAUCUCCAGCUGCAGAAUGAGCCAUCUGAGGCACCACAGGUAGCAGCUACUGCCCAAGUGGUCCCCAUACUGAGUGAGAUCAUGCCUGACAUUGCUAUCCCAUCAGGCCCUGACCUCACCAUAGCAACAGCCCCACCCAUCAACCAGAUGUUGCUACGGGAACCAGAGCUGGGGGACAGCCACAGUCAAGCGAAAGGUGGAAGUGGGAGCAACAAGGGCGGGAAACCAGUUAAAGGGAAUAAACAUGGUCCGGAUCAGUUUACGGACGUAUGACACUAAAUUUAAUGACUGUGCGUAUGUAUAUAUGAACUUAGACUUUGAAAUUAUAUGGACAUGUAUGUACACAUUGCUGUAACCAACCUGAAAUGAAAUUGAAUUGUACACAUGAAAGCAUUUUUCCAAUGUUGAGCAAGAAAUGCUCUGUAAAAAUGUAAUGGAAAUCUGCAGUGUGUCAUCCUGGUUGCUUGUGCCUACUGGUUCGUUUUCAAAGAGGCUUUCAAAAUCUGAUUUGUUUUACACAGGAAAUUCGUUAGACUGAUGGCCUGAACUGAUUUGAGAGAUUUUUCACUGUUUUUGACAUUUCUUCAACUUAGUCUGCGUGAUUUCACAAAUACGUGUAAGCGUAGACACGGCAUGUUAUCAGGAUUGAUUACCCACUGCCUUGUGGUGUGUCUUUGCAAAUUCCAUCCAGAUAUUUUCACAAUUCUUGCAGCUGAUAAGGUAGAAAAGAGCUUGGGUCAAGCGGAAAGGACUCAACUUGGCAGUGCUCUGAAGUUGAUUUAUGAGACCUGGAUACAUUCAGCUAUACAGUCCAGGGUAGGGCACCUGUAUCGCCUGUGGGCCUAAAACUGUCAAUGGUCUGUGUGGCAUACUCACUAAAGCCAAGAGAACGUGUGCGAAUGCUUCAAAGUCAUGCCCUGUAAACAAAUGGUGCGUUUGCUCAGUGUGGGCAACCAGAUUUCAUGAAUAUACAUAAAACCCUAACAAUUUCAAUGUGUCCUUUUUUUUUCCAUCUGGCAAAUAUACUUAAAUGAAUAAAGCAUGAAGAGCUUGAUAUUGUGGAUCAAAAAUGUAGGCUGAAAAUGUCUAGCUUUUUCUUUAACGGAUUUGGAAUUGAGCCCUUGAGUCAAUUUGCCAAAAAAAAAAUAUUCAUUUGUUGUAUUCCUGUAUUAGUUGUUCAUCCAAAUACUCAUUUUUAUACCCAUUUGAAAUACUCAGUCAACAAAACCCUGGUACUUGGGCUUGAUUUCCAUUAUAUCACUUCCUUGGAUGUAAGUGUAUCCCGACACCUUUUGCAGGUAAUUUGAGGUAAACAAGGACAAUUUACACGCAUAUCUCGUGCUAAAUUGCCAUCUGCAGUACCAAAAAAAACAAAAAAGCCUGUCACAUGUGUAUUGCUGAAUAUUCAGAAAAAGGACACAAUUCCAACACUGCAUGAUAUACUGAAGAAUGUACCACUUAUUUGUAGGCAUGACGGAAAUUGCAACACGCCCUCAACUUACAAUAAUGUGUGCACUUUGUUUUGUAAGGAGCUUAAAAAUAUUUUUUAAAAACCAGCCUAGACCACCGAUUUCCUUGACAUGAUUUAGGCUGUAGCCUUGAUUCGAGAUUUCAGUCCAAGUGUUCAUGUGCAGGCAAACCUUUUAACUGAUCAAUUUUCCAUCACAAGGUAACAGUCCUUAAAGUCUGCCUUGAGUUCAAGCCAAUGAUUCUCCCAUGAAUAAGCAGUAUCAUGCUUGACAAGUUAAGAGGGGAAAGAGGUCCAAUUUCAGCGGGUUUAGGAAGAAGAAGAAACAUCGCGCUUUGGUUAUUACAUCGAUACAUGCAUGUGAUCACUCAUCUGGUUAUUUUACAUUUAAGAGGCAGUCAGCGGAGAGUUUUCUUAAGUCUCUUAGUAGAUUUGUUACGGUGAUUUUCACGGAGAGAAUUGGUGCUCAAAUGUCAAGUUAAAAAGCUUGGUGCUCAUUUUGUUUCUCUCAAAUUUUUAUUUUUUUUAGUACCGCUGUUACUUUGGUUGAAGUGACGCAAACAGGAAAGAGCUUUCGCAAGUCUGGCAGUCAUUUGACAGAAAAAAAAUCAG